AUGCUGAUCAGCGCGGCUCUCGCGCAGCUCGCUCUGCACGCCGACCCAUCCGGCGUCCCGGCGGUCCACCACAGCGCUCGGCGGCUAAUCUUACUCCGGCCCGCUGCCACUGUGGCCGCCACCGAGACCGCCGACGCGCUGGCGGAGCACUUUGGCGCCGACGUGCGCUUCGUCCUGGCGUCGCCCACGCCAGCGUCGCUUGGCGGCGCCGAGCAUCUUGCCGCGCGGCUCUCGCCGACGGUCAUCGGCGGGCUCGGCGUGGAGACAUCACAGGGCUUGGCAGGCGAGGCGGCGGCGCGGGAGGAGGCCCUCGCGGUGAGAGACUUUGUGAUUCGCGGGACGCGGGACGGCUCGGCUAGCGUGAUUGUGAGCGACGAGCGAGGGCUGCACGAGAUUCUCGCGGAGGCACUGGGCUCGGAGGAGGCCGCAUGCGUGCCCGACUCGUCGGUGAGCGUGCUCGACUUUGGCCCAGGCUCCUGGCCAGCAGUCGUGGCCGACGAGCCGCCGACCGCGCAAAUCAUCGGCUUUACGCCCUCUCGCUCCAGCUGA